CCCCUUUCGAUAUUUCACCUCCUCCUGCAGCAGGUUUGCAGGUUUUACAAACGCCUGUGCGUCUACCCGCUGCACUUAACGUUACACAUUUAUUUCUACCAUGGCUAUAUAGGGUAUAAUAUCCCUCCGCUUCGUGCCGCAGUCUCUCCCGUUAUAAUAUUGUUUUACAAAACUAUAACCAUCGCGAUCGCCACGAUGAGUUAGCCGUCGUCCAGCCGCUAAGAAGUCCGCGUUUUGAUCUGUUCGACAAAGGGAUAGAAAAAAACAUUAAAUUUAAUCGGCGAGUCAAAAAUUAUUUUUAAUUAAAUUCAAUGAUUAAGUUUUGUUUCUUCAAAUAAUGAAGAAAAUCAAUAAAAAACAAGAGCAAACAAAAAAUCAUGAAUUCAAAUGUACCUCCUUAAAAUUAAAGUGCUGUCCCUACAAUACUGUGUAUGUACUAAGAUAAGAAUGUGCACCUACAGAUAAUUACAAUUGUGCAGUUUUCAUACGGUGAAUGGAAAAAAGAAAAUAAAAUAAUUAAUCGAUCAAUCACUAUCGUGAUUAAUUGUUUUAUGACUGUAUAUAAUAAUGACGAUAUGAGUGAAUUUUUUACAACUUUUUUCUGCACAUGGAUGCUAUCGAGAAUUCAAAAACCUUCACCUGCAUUUUGACGUAUGCGCAGAUGAAUGAGAAAAGGUGUAUUUUGGCGGUGCAGCCUAUCGAUGCAGAAAAAGGAGGAAAUCAUCUGCAGAUGAAGUUGAUCGAAUACAUAUUAAGAUAAUAUGGAGAUAGAAAUUAUAAUUAAAAUUAUAAUUACGCAGCUACUAAUUAUUCAAAGUCGACUGGUCACCGGACCGACAGAUAACAUCCACGCCAACGCUCAAUUGAUUCGGGACACGCGAUGUUUUUUGGAAAACGGUGCAACGGCGGCGCACCUUUUCGUCGGGGAGGAAGCGGAGGUGGGUGCAGUCGUGGGAGUGAUCGGUGUGAUCGGGGAUCCCGUGUCCCCGGGAGAAUCGGGGACCCAAGGGGACAUCGAAUUGAGACUGAAAGAGCGGGAUAGCCCCGUUGCGAUUUAUCCCGGAUCGAAGAAUCUCACCCUAACCAGGCCGCUCGAUAAAGAGGGCGUCGAAGGACCCGCCAGCGUAUACGUCAACGUCAUUUGCGAGCGGAGACACACGCACGAUCCGGGUUUCGUAAUUCCUGUAAACAUCCGGGUCACUGACGCAAACGACAACGCUCCACAAUUUAUCAACGCGCCUUACGUUCUCAACAUUUCCGAGGUCACCGUAGUCGGGACGCGAGUCCUUCAGGGCGUUCGAGCCGUCGACGCUGAUCAACCUGGACCAUAUUCCACGGUGGAAUAUUCCGUGCUGCCUGGACCACAUGCUGACUACUUCGUUUUCGUAAACGCACUGGAGGGAACGUUGGUGCUUAGAAAACCUCUGGAUUAUGAGACUCUGAGUAAUUUUUCCGUGGGGAUUCACGCUCAGGACCAGGGAAAUCCUCCGCAGACAUCAGACACGGUGUUAAUGGUGAACGUGAUCGACGCGGACGAUCAGAAUCCAGCGUUUCUCAACGAUCAGUACAAACUAAUAAUUCCAAGUUCGGCGAAAACCGAAAUGGUGUUGCUUGUUUCUCCCGCCCCGAUUCGCGCGGUCGAUCAGGACACUGGAAUAAAUUCACCGGUUCGAUAUUCACUACAAGGCGCGGCUGGAGGCGCCGUUUCAUUCCUCACCUUAAAUCCGGGAACGGGGGAUGUCGUGUUGUCGAGAAUCCCGAAGGAUCAUGAACUCCUCGCACCGGCCACUUUGGUUAUCAAGGCGACGCAGAUCGACAAUCCGGACAGAUACGCCUUGGCGACCGUCGUUGUCUCCAGAGACGGUGGACUCGGCGCGGGACCAACCGCUGGCGGCCGACUUCCGGUACGAUUUGUUCUGAAGGACUAUCAGGCUAGUGUGCCAGAAAAUACACCGCCGGGCAGCAUUUUGCUCACCGCUGGGGUGAACAAAAUAGACCCUAAUUUGAGAUUUUGGCUCGUCGGAGCUGUGGAGGAUCUGGAGAGAUUCGCGGUGACGAGAUCCGGGGAAUUAAUUCUCAAGGGUACUCUUGAUUACGAAAGACGAAUUCAGCAUAGUUUUCUAGUUCACGUGAGCGACGGACACCAUAACGAUACUUCAAGAGUGAACGUUUCCGUCGAAGACGUCAACGAGUGGGAACCACGAUUUCGUCAUCCACGUUACGAACUACACGCCAGAACCCUACGUCAGGGGUCAAUCGUUGGGAGACUCGAGGCCGCUGACGGCGACAGAGGUGACAGAGUGACGUUGUCUUUGAGGGGGCCAGAUGCCAGGUCGUUUGAGAUCCGGGAUAACGGAGAACUGAUACUUACUUCUCCUGGACCUUUCAACGGGACCAUGGCGAGGUUGGUCGCGAUCGCAGCGGAUUCUGGGCGACCGCCCAGGUCCAGCAUGGUGCCGGUGAUCGUCCAUCUCCCGAACGCUGGGUCUCUACCGAUCGCUGCACGAGCUGCGCCCGCUUGGCUGGGCAGCAGUGUUCUUCUCGUUGCAGUUUUUGGGGCCGUUUUGGGACUCCUCGGUGUCGUCAUCCUCGUCCUAAUUCUAUACAUAUACAAGCACAAACGGCCGAAGAGUAGCGGAUCGGUCAGUUCGUCGAGUACCGGAUACAGGGACAAAUCUCCGAUCCCGUCAGCGCUGAGUCCGACUCCCAGAGUCCUGGGGGCGAGUCCCCUCAGGGGAGAGACUUCUGGGGAGGAUCGUCGGGACGACAGAAUUCCAAAACUUGUGAACGACGUCGACAAUCCGGUAUUCGGAGACGACAACGAAAGCGCUUACAACACAGCGACGAUCAAGAGCGUAACUUCGGCUCGCCAAAUGCCACUUCAGCAGCAAAUAUUGUGUGGAAGACACAAAGUAGGACCUUUGGUUGUGCCUCCGGCUGCUCCGACGUUAUCGGCGACGAGCCAUAUCCCGAAUCUGGGUGGUUUGGUCCAGAAUAUAAACAAUUUAAGCGGUGGGCUCCAACGAGGAGGAGGAAUCGGGAUUGGGAGACACGUUAUCGAUUCUUCAAACGACUCUGUAGACCCUCCAGACUCCUUACAGCCCCCGGGAUCCGCCUGGCCUCAGGACUCGGUCUCUAGAAGAGUAAAAAAACUGUCUUGGGACGACGACGACGAUGUUGACGACCUUAGACCGGCGGAUGACGAUGACGAGGUCGGGGGCAGCAGAGAUAAGGUCGUUGAAAGUGUCGACGUUUCGGCCGACGUGAGAAGAGGAAAUUUCGGCCUCCAGAAUCCCACGGGAAUAAACGAUCAGCUCAAUCUGACCGUGUAUUUCUGAAUUCAGAAAAUUUCUAUCACAUGCAUUGUAAAAUAGAAGGCAUACUAUUAUGUGUAAUAAUGAAACGUAUAAAACUGUACAAUACAAUUAUCAUAUUCUUAAA